AUGGAUCAUCCGGGAGGAAUGCACGACCCAAAUCCAUCCGGCUCUGAUCAAGACUAUCCUCCAGCAUCUCAGAGAAGAUCACAACAAUAUGCUGUGCCGAAAGAUCUAAGCAUGUCGACCGGAGAGCUUGGAACCUUCGACUGGGAGCAACUUCACAAAAGUUAUGUUCACGCCAUGGAAGAGCAUGGAGCCAUUGAAACUGAGUUGCGAGCCCGGAUUGCAAAGCUGCUUGAGAUUUUCACGGCCUGGUCCCAGACAACCGUCGUCCGGGACGAAACAAGAGCACUCAAGAGAUUCAAGACGCAAAUGCAACACGUGCAAAAUUCAGAAGAGAGCCUAGAGAAGAGAAGGCAGCAUUAUCUGGAUGUCGUCAAGGCGUUUGAAAGCGCCCUUGCCUUAUUGAAUGAUCGGAUGAAGCCUUAA